AUGCAUCUUAUGUAUACAUUAGACCAAGAAGGUAAAAGAGUUUACACAUUGAAGAAGAUUACAGAACAAGGUGAAAUUACCAAGUCUGCCCACCCAGCACGUUUUUCACCAGAUGACAAGUAUUCUAGACAAAGAGUCACUUUAAAGAAAAGAUUCGGUUUAUUACCAAAUGGAUCUAACUAA